AUAGAUUGCCCCAAAGAAAAGGGCAAAGCCAAUCAAGAUUAAUCAUAUUACAUCUCGUGAAGAACUUUUCUUCUUCUUCUUCUUAUUAUGAUAAUAUUUAUUUCUCUGUUGCUCUUGAAGAACAUAACAACUAAACCCUUUUUUCUCUGAUUAUCCCUUUCCAAAUAUUAUUUUCCGAUAUAUAUUUUUAGUACUGUAAAAACAUAUACUAGAUAUGAGUAACACUAUGAUGCCGAGGGUUAAGGUCAUGGUGUAUCUUGUUUACGAUAGGGGUUAGCUUAAUUACCUCAAUUAUAUAUAUUACUUUUAUAUAGUUUCGAUUUGAUCGAUCUCUUCAUAUAUAGUUUUCAACAUACAUAUAUAUAUAAUAAUAGGAAUAUGGAUGUAGUGAAAGUGAAAAAGGGCAGUUUAAUCAACAAAACGUGGGAGCGAUGCAAGUCGUUAGGGCGCCGCGGCCGUGACAAGUCACCAGCUGCAGCAACCGGUCGAAUCAUGACGAAGAAGAGUAAAUCGUGCCCGCGUUUGAAUCUGAUCACUCCCGUUACGGAGUCGCCGGAGGCGGAAGGAGGUGAUCAGAUUAAUAUUCAUAAUAGUAAUAAUUAUUAUAAGAAAGUGAAGGGCUGUUUCUCGGUCUAUGUGGGACCGGAAAAGCAGAGGUUUGUUGUGAAAGCAGAGUACGCCAACCACCGCCUCUUCAAGCUACUUCUCGAAGAAGCCGAGUCGGAGUUCGGCUACGAUAACCAAGGCCCCAUUAUGCUCCCAUGCAACGUUGAUGUGUUUUAUCGAGUUUUGAUGGAAAUGGACGAUGAUGAUGGUGGUGAUAAUAACGGCGGCAGCCUUGGCGGCGCAGCCGAUUAUAAGAUUCAUCGGCCUGGCUGUGGCUUCGUGAUUAAGCGCCACGUCACCUCUUAUCAGCUUCUCAGCCCUUCUCGCAUGGUGGCUAUUAAUCAGUUUUAAUUAGUUAUUACGUACUAUCACGUCAUCGUCAUCACCUCGGUCAUUAUAUAGUAUAUUUUCCUGUGUAAUAAUUAUAAUUGGAAUUUUAUGUUAUAAAUAAUUAUAUGAUAUAUAUGUGGUGUGUUAUAUUACGUGUGUAAUAGUUUUGUGUGUUUUGUAAUGAAAUUUUCGAGAGGUUGGAGAUUUUAUUAUAAUAGAAGAUAGUAAAACUAUAUUAUAAUUCUA